AUGCCACUGCGUGCACCAGAGGAUACCGGUGACAAAGCGCCCACCGUUAAUGGCCACGAUGAGACCAUCCUGCCUGUUUGCGCGAGACUCGCGGCGCGAUUGAACAUCUUCCUAGAGACCGAGGCUCCGACCCCGCUAUUGAAAGCUGUCCAGGAGCAAACCAGAGUCGCACUGGGGGUUAUCAGCACGGCGUUGGAUAGAUACAGCCUAGAAGAGAUAUCACUUUCAUACAAUGGCGGCAAAGACUGCCUCGUCCUCCUCAUUCUCCUCCUUUGCGGCCUAGCAAACUACACGAAAGGUCCACUCCCCAAAGCCCUCGCUACCGUGUACAUUAUAUCCCCGCACCCGUUUGCCGAAGUCGAUGCAUUCGUGGACGAUUCCGUUACCACAUACAGGCUAGAUCUAGCACGAUAUGCUAUGCCGAUGAAGCAGGCGUUCCAAAGAUACUUGGAAGAGAACAAGAGGGUGAAGGCUAUUCUCGUAGGGACGAGGCGGACGGAUCCUCACGGGCAGAGCUUGACGCAUUUUGACGAGACGGAUUCGGGGUGGCCAGCUUUCAUGAGGAUACAUCCUGUCAUUGACUGGCACUAUGCUGAAAUAUGGGCCUUCAUUCGGCAAAUGCAGAUUCCUUACUGUCCGUUAUACGAUCAAGGAUAUACGUCGCUGGGAGGCACAACAGAUACCCAUCCAAAUCCAGCAUUGAAGGCGGACGGAGAUACUGGCACGAAAGAGAGUAAGGUUUUCAAACCAGCAUAUGAACUGAUGGAAGAUAAUGCUGAGAGACUGGGACGGGAUUGGAAGUAA